AUGUAUAGAAGUAACACUAUAAAUGAGACUUCCGAAGAACGUCAACGAAGACUUAAUCGUGAACGACAACAGCGUUAUCGUAAAAACAAAAGAAAUACGAGACUUGACCACUCAGGAGAAAAGAGGGUACAUAUACAAGAUGAAGUUAGUAACGCUAUAGAUGAAACUUCUGAAGAACGUCAACGAAGACUUAAUCGUGAACAACAACAACAUAACGUGACUACCCGCGCUGAACAAGAAGUAGUUAUUCAUCUGACUACUGUUCCGCUAAAAACAUUAAAAGCACGUAUUUAUCCAUGGUCUUCGCAAGGUUUAGACCGUCACUCUCUGGGAAGCAUGAAUCAUAGAUGUAAUUGUUGUGGGGCGCUGUUGUGGAUAGAUGAAAGACAGGCACAUCUACACGAUCACCAGUUUUCACAACAUGUUGUGCCAAAGGCAAGUUCGUAUAAUUCAGCUUUGGCUUUUACAUCUAUGGGUGCAAAGGUUGAUCAUAGCAUAACAAGAACAAGUGGCAUUUACAGCUUUCGUGUUCAUGGUGAAAUAUAUCAUAUCAUAGGCACAAUACUUCCUGACAAUGAAGCUCGCCCUCAGUUUGCUCAAAUAUAUGUGUAUGAUACUGAGCAUGAAUUGCAAAACAGAAUGAAUGUAAUGCCUAAUCUUGAUCCAGUUAUUCUUGAGGAGCUUCAGCAAAUGUUACAUGAUGUGAACCCAUAUUGUGAAAUGUUCAAACAAGCUGGAGACGUUGUAAGAUUAAAUCCACCCUUGGACUUGCGAAUGGCAAUCACAAAUAGUAGAAAACAAGAUUCUAGACGUUACAAUACUCCAACAGCAGUCAUUAUGAUUGGAGAUGGACAAGAAGCUGAACCAUUGGAACGAAAUAUUUGUUUACCCUGA